CAAGGAGACGCUUCUGCAUCUGCUGCGGUUGGCCCGGUCGUGUCCGUUGCGGGAGGUGCGAGCCAGGGCCAUCGAGCUGCUGCGGACCGCCCAGGUGAGUCCUCCUCCCCGGGCUCAAAUGGCACCACAAAGCCCAGCCGAUUAGUGCCAUGUACCCUCGAUAUUCGCGUAGGUGAGGGACCGAGACCAUGCGCGAAUACUAUAGACGCCCCUUAAAUGUGUAUAACUGCUUCUAGUUAUAGUUGAAAGACUAAAUAACCCCCAAACAAUAUUCUAAGUCUUAAAUAAGUCAAGUAUCAUUUCAAAGUCAUCUUACAACAUUGCACUCAGAAAUCAAUGGCUUGGAGAUGAUCAGAUUUAGACGGAGGCCGUAGAAAUAACCAAUUCCUACUUUCCUAUUAGCCAUUUGAAGUUUUUUACUCUGGGAUUCGCUGCCAAAUUUGUGCCGUCGAGCUUUUGGCCAACGCUAGCUGCUACUCCGCGAACAACAGCGCUCCUAACAUACUCGGCAUUUUAGUUAGCACCAUGAGUUACUGCGUCACAUAUUUGCCGGUUGUUACCGCUCAUCUUCCAAAGUUAGAUUCCAGUGUUAGCUUUAACAUUACUUCUAACGUUAACCGUUACUUCCAAAGUUAGCUUUCAACCUUAUCUCUAACAUUAGCUUCAAACGUUAUAUUCCAAUCUUAGCUUUGUUACUUUUAACGUUUCCUAUGGUAGCUUUAACGUUACUUUUAAUGUUAGCAUCAACAUUACAUUUAACAUUAGCUUCUGAUGUUAGCUUUAAUGUUGGCUUCCAACAUUAACUGUAAUAGCGCUAAAAAAGACCAUUAGUCUCAAUGUUAGUUUACGAUAUAGGCGUCCAAUGUUAGAUUUAAGUUUUCUUCCUAUGUUACUGCUAAUGCUAGCAUAUAAUGUUAGCUUCCAAUGAUAGAUUCUGUAAUUUGUUUAUGUUACCGCUAAUGCUAACAGCUUCCAACGUUACUUCUAACAUGAAAAACAAAGGAAGCCUGUUAGCUUCCGACAAUAGUUUACCCACCGCCUCGCCUGCCUAUUGGACCUCUACUGGAAUCUUCCUUCAAUCCGGCUGGCUAUCAGCUGCUGACCCAAUGCUAGCUACACCACUAACAUGGCGCCUUAUAAGGAGCACGGUGUUAGAGCACCACUUUAGGGUCUAUAACACCCUGAAAUAGAAUACGAAUAUUGGUAGAAGUUACGUGAAACUUGAGAAUUUUGACAUGCCGUCUUAAUAAAUGCACAGACAUCACCACUCAAGAAAACGCUGACUCGGGAUAAAGGUUUAGACUUGGACUGUUCGUUCAAAAGACCUCAUUUGGAAUAAUUUCGUCACACUAAUCAAUACGGUUUCAAAGAGAGGGGGGAAAAAAAAGUUAAAAGGCUUCAUGAUUUCUGCUGGUUUCAUCAGACGUGCGCUCAGGAGGAGGUGAUGCAAGACUCUUGAGGUGAGCCAAACAAGCGGCCUCAGCCAUGCCCCCUUUUGGUCAUGGUGCACACCACUUCCUUGUGUAGCCACGCCCUCUUUUGGUCAUGGCUCACUUUCAGAUGGAGCCCAGCUCCCUUUUCUAGAACAUACACGCCCCUACCGCCCUCGAUUAUUUCUGACAAACAAGCUGCAGUUUUUCAUUCUAAUGUCCAUGAGAGGAAGUAUCAGGGAAAGAUUUCUCCACUGGAAAUGUCGGAGCAAGGAGUUGAAGUUCCUCGCACCCUGGCCUCCGGUCCCAGCGCCUUCAUUCCUGCCAAACAGAUAUUGAAAGACGGGCCAGACCAGGACAUCCUGAUCAAGUCGUUCCUGAGUCUGGGUCGCGUUGACCACGUCACCAUGGUUAUGGCGCUGCACCCCGCCUACCUCAGCUGCUUCCUGAGAACCCAGCAUGCCUUGUUGGAGAUGGACGGCCCCUUGCCCCGCCACUGGAGACACUACAUCGCCAUCAUGGCCGCCGCCCGCCACCACUGCCCCUACGUGGUACAGCAGCACAGCGCCAGCUUCCUGGAGGCCGGCGGGGACGAGAGCUGGCUGAGCGGGCUGCGGCACGCCCCGGCCAAACUGAGAGGCCUGAACCCCCUCAACAAGCUGCUGGCCCACAGACCCUGGCUCAUCACGCAGCUGCACAUCCAGGAGCUGGUGUAUCCGGGCGCCGAGCUUCGCUGGUCGUUGGCCGAGCUGAUUCACGCCGUCAUCCUGAUGGCGCACGCCCACGCCCUCUGCUCCUUCGUGUGGGGAUGCGGCCUCAACCCCGAGCCUGACCACGUCGGCGGCCACACCUUCCGGCCGCCGUCGCCCGGACACCCCACCCGCAGCCCCCUCAGCCCCGCGAACGAGGACAGGCGGCAGGAGCAGGUAGACAGCGCCAUGGAGGUGGAGGUGCUGAUGAAGAGGAUGGUGGAACUGCAGGAGCAGCAGGAGGAAGAGUGUACACAGGAGGAGAUGGUCACGCGCUUUGAGAGGGAGCGGAGCGAGAGCAUCCCCACCGCGGUGGUGCGAGAGGCGCCGCCAGAGAGGCUCCUUCACCUGAUGGAGGAUCCGGAGUUCAGAUAUGAGGACUUUGCGCCCAAAGGAGAGCAGGCUCCGCCCACCAUGAGAGCCCAGGACUACUCGUGGGAGGACCACGGCUACUCGCUGGUCAACAGGCUGCUGCCGGACAUGGGACAGCUGCUGGAUGAGAAAUUCCAGGUGGUGAGCAACCUGACGUACAACAGGAUGGCCAUGCACGAGGGCGUGGACACGCACACGCUGAGGAAAGCUCUGUGGAACUACAUCCACUGUCUAUACGGGAUCCGGUACGACGACUACGACUACGGCAGCGUCAACGUGCUGCUGGAGCGAUCCCUGAAGAUGUUUGUCAAGACCAUGGCCUGCCACCCCGAGCAGACCACUGCGCACAUCUACCACGCCUUCUGGAGGCACUUCAGGCACUCUGAGAAGGUAACGACCGUGGUGUGUCGUCAGGUCCACGCCAACCUCAUCGUGUUGGAGGCUCGCCUGCAGGCGGCGCUGUUGUACACGUUGCGAGCCAUCACUCACUACAUGAGAUGACCAACCAGCGCCACCUGAACGUUGCGGAUGCUGAGCCAGCUGUUGUGCUGCUUCUUGUAUUUUCAUAUGCUCUGUUCCAGUGUUAUACGUAUUUAAUGGGUUUUUGCACCGAAAGUUCACUUCAGCAUCAGAAAGUUGACGCUCACGUUAAUAUCGAGUCUCACGAUCGGAAUGUUUUUUGUUUUGACGGACUUGGUUUAUGGUGCAAUCCGUCAAGCGCGACUGCGUGACGCUCGCUCACUCCUCCAUUGUGUCCUUAAACGCACUUUGAGGGCUGCGAUUAAAAGAAAAUGACAAAAAGCUUGUAUUUUUCUAUUCAAUAAAGAGUUACUUGACAAAAAAAUGGACAAAGUGGUUGCUGUGGAUAUUUACAAGGUAUUUAGAUUUUUGUUCCACACAGUGGAGUUCUUUUAAAAUGAGAACUCCUCGGCCGACUCUUAAUGUCAUAUUGUUUAAUUGUAAACAUGACAUUUUAAAUUUGUUUAUAAAUGCCAAAAAAUGAAAGCAUCCAUCCAUUUUGUACCGCUUAUCCGAGGUCGGAUUGCGGGGGCAGUAGCUUUAGCAGGGACGCCCAGACUUCCCUCUCCCCAGCCACUUCAUCCGUCAUCUU